UGAUGCGCUCACUGCAAAUGACAGCCAAGAAACAAGAGGACUGGGCGUCCCCAAGGUCUCAGGCCUAGAGAGAAGUCGGGAGAAGAGCCAAGAGAGCUGCAAGGAUCCCCCUCUGCUCCUGCCAGCGGUUAUAAAGGAGCCGCUCCCUCAGACCCAGCCUGUGGCCCAUCCUCAGGUGGAGCCCCAGGCCAACCCCCCUCCCCCUAGCCCCGCCCAGGCCUGCAGUGCAGAGGCCUGCCAAACAGAGACACGCUUCCUGCCUCCACCUCAGCCGCCGGCCGCUCUGCCUGGUUCUCAGGCCCCAGAACAGCCUCAGGCAGCCCCCACUCAGCCUCUGCUUCAACCCCAACUGCAGCCUGAGCCUCAACUGUGCCGUCACCCUCAUCCUCAGUCUCCCAUCCACCCAGCUCAUCAGAGCCAGCCUCCAGUUCAGCCUCGACCUCCCUCCCGCAGCCUUCCACGGCCCUUGUCUGCUUACAACAGCAGCCUCAGCCUCAACAGCAUAAGCAGCAGUCGAAGCAGCACUCCAGGCAAACCUCAGGUGCCUCCCCCUCCGCAUAUAUCCCAUCACCCACCACCCCCAGCCUUCCCCCUAUCUCUCCCAAACCAAAGUACGCCCCACAGCUUCCCCCCCACCCUGCAGCAGUCGCCACACGCACAUCACCCCAAUAUGUUCGCGCCGCCAGCGGCCUUGCCUCCACCUCCACCACUCACGUCAAGCACCCUGCCAGUCCCUGGACACCCAGCUGGGAGUGCCUAUUCAGAACAAGACCUCCUGCGCCAGGAGCUUAACACCCGAUUUCUAGCCUCACAGAGCGCUGACCGAGGGGCCUCGCUGGGACCACCGCCCUACCUGAGAACAGAGUUCCACCAGCACCAGCACCAGCACCAGCACCAGCACCAACACACUCACCAGCACACACACCAGCACACCUUCACGCCGUUCCCACACGCUAUACCGCCCACCGCCAUCAUGCCAACUCCAGCACCGCCCAUGGUGCGUACCCCAUCUAGAAAUUUUGAGAAAUACCCUGCAAAAGUCGACCCCUUCUACAGACACAGUUUGUUCCACUCAUAUCCACCAGCUGUGUCUGGAAUCCCUCCCAUGAUCCCUCCUACUGGACCCUUUGGAUCACUGCAAGGAGCAUUUCAGCCCAAGACUUCUAAUCCAAUUGAUGUAGGAUCCAGACCUGGAGCUGUGCCUCAUACCCUCUUACAGAAGGAUCCCAGGCUGACGGAUCCGUUCCGGCCCAUAUUGAGGAAGCCAGGGAAGUGGUGCGCAAUGCACGUCCAUAUUGCUUGGCAGAUUUAUCAUCACCAACAGAAAGUAAAGCAGCAGAUGCAAGCAGACCCACACAAACUGGACUUCGGCCUCAAACCCGAAUUUCUGUGUCGGCCUCCAGGCCCGACCCUCUUUGGAGCCAUUCACCACCCUCAUGAUCUGGCUCGCCCCGCCACCCUCUUCUCUGCAGCUGGUGCUUUAUGUUUGUUUGCAGGUGCUACACAUCCGUCUGGAAACCCUUUCGGACAUCCGCCCCACCCCAGCAACUUCCUCAGUCCUGCUGCUCAUUUAGAGCCAUUCAGCAGACCGGCUUCUUUUGGAAGUCUUGCAACAUUAAACUCUGCUGCCUUUGGUGGGCUGGGGAACCCUUCACUUAUGCCCAACUCAAUGUUCAGCCACAAAGACGGCCCCGGGGCACAGAAUUUUAGCAACACACACGAGCCCUGGAACCGGCUCCACCGAACACCUCCCUCAUUCCCAACCCCUCCGCCCUGGCUGAAGCCAGGAGAGCCGGAGAGAAGCUCUUCUGCUGCAGCUCACGACAGAGAGAGAGAUGGAGACAAGCGAGACUCGGCCAUUAGUAAAGAGGACAAAGAAAGAGACAGCAUUGAAAAGAGGCACCACGGCCACCCCUCGCCAGCACCCAUCAACCCAGUGAACUCGCUGGCUCACAACCGCACUUCAACAGAGCCCCCCAGGAACCACAUCAACAACGAGGUCCGCGAGAAAGAGAAGCCAAAGGAGCGUGAGCGGGAUCAUCCCGACUCCUGGAAGGACUCUGCCACGGACGAGCAUAAGCUCAAGGAGAACCACAUGCCUGAAAAGGAUGGUGUAGUGAUCCAUGGGAGCCGGACAGCAGACGAUGGCAAGCCAGGGUCCAGGGGGACGUCCCCCUACAUCAGGCCACCUGGCCUGGAGAACACAAGGAACAGCAGCACUUUGAACCGAGACGCAGAGAAAAAGAGUGAGCCAAUGUACGACCAUCAGAAGAAAAACAGCGAGAUCAAAGUGAAGGAGGAGCGCAAGGAGGACCACGAGGUUUCCAGUGAAGUGCCCCAAACGCACAGGCCGAUAGAGCACUCCCAUAUGACAUCCACCGCCAGCAUCCAUCCCUCUUCGAGUGUCCAUCCCACAUCCUCUAUGUCCUCCAUGCCGAUGGCCAUGGGCAUGGCUGGCAUACAUCCAAUGAACAGCAUCAGCAGCAUGGACAGGACUCGCAUGGUAGCUCCUUUUAUGGGCAUUAGUUCCAUUCCUGGUGCUGAACGGUUCCCUUACCCCGCGUUCCACUGGGAUCCCAUGAGAGAUCCGUUAAGAGACCCCUACCGGGGGCUGGACAUCCACCGGAGAGACCCUCUAGCUAGAGACUUCUUGUUAAGGAGUGACCCCCUUCACCGCCUUACAGCACCUAGGCUUUACGAAGCAGAGCGCUCGUACAGGGACAGGGAGCCACAUGAUUACAACAGAGAGCACCUUCACCACCUUGCAGUCGAACAACGUCGGGAGCAUGAAAGAGCCAGCCACAUGGAGGAGAGAGAGAGGCUGCACAUGCUCAGAGAGGACUAUGAACACGCCCGUCUGCACCCCAUGCACCAUGCUGCUCUUGAUGGUCACCUGCCCCACCAUCUCAUGACUCCCGGACUUCCCAACAUGCACUAUCCGAGGGUAAGCCCCUCAUCAGCACACCAGAACGGCAUUCUCAACAAGACUCUUCCCACAGCUGCUCUGAGCGCCCCACCUCCACUAAUCCCCACAUUGGGCCCGCGGCCCGGAUCCCCGAGAAGGACUACUCCUUUGACGACAGACAUUAGGGACAGGCCUCCCUCCCACACCCACAAAGACAUCGAAGCUCGGUAAACACUAUGUGUGUUAAAGACUAACGCCCAAUGUCUAAACGAAAUGAACUUUACCAGACACUGCAGGGGCUGUAUUAUAUCCAUAUAUAAAUGUGUGCAAAAAUUUGAAUUAGGGGUUUUGUACAUUUUAUGUUUACAUUUUGUAGCCAACUUACUCUUUGUUUUGUGUGUGUCUAAUACUACUACUAUUAAAUCAUUUUAUUUGUAUAAAAUUGCUCUUGAACAAUCAAGAGCAGAACAAAAACACAAAAGAAGGUGCAAAAUUGUUGACACCCUGGAAAGACAGGUAGUGUUUUGGGAUGUACAGGUGCUUUUGAAAUGGUGUGUAAAGGAGGCAAGCUAUGUAGAUAUUUCUGUACAGUGUAAAGGCUUGCUUCUUGGAUAAAAGGUACAUAUAUGCAAAAGGGUGUGAUGAAAGCUUUACUUUGUACAAAUGUAAAUAGGGUUAAGUGAAAUAAGAGUACAAAACUUCUUAAACUGUGCUAUUUGCUAAUUUUAUUCUUUGUUAACACAGUCUGCUUGUGCUGUGUUAGGUUUGUCGUUUCACAGAUAACCCCCCCCUCCAACUAUGCAAUGAAUGUUUUGGCUUUUCCCUACAAAAGCCUGCAUUUCUGAAAGGAGCCUUUUUAACACACAAACUACACAAACUUGUAUUUUCUCCAAAAACACAGACCGAGGUCUCAAACACCCCUGAAAACUGUAUAUUAUAAUACAAAUAAAUGUGUUUUAAAAAAUUCCUAAUUCAUGUGUUGCAUAUUGUAAACUCAGAACGGUAGUACGGGGGCAUUUUUUUCACAAUUGGAGAAAUUCAGUUUAGCUUGCUGGUGACAAUCCUUAUUUAUUCAUCCCCCUUUUUCAAAUACAGGCUUCUCCAAAAAUCUGAAUGGAAGAACUUGACCAGUCACUCACACUGCUUUUAGUUUUGAUUGUUAUUAUUUUGUGCAUACCUUGCUUGUGGCCUCUUUGUAUCUGUUUGGAGAGAAUAUGAUUUUAAACAAGCUCAGACAGCAGAAAACAUUUCUACUAAAGGAGUGUAAAGUAUGUGUAUGAAAAUAAAAUUAGUUCUGUUGGUCUAGUUGUGUAUCAAAGUGCUAUCCUAAGUUGUUGUAUCUUAAAAAAAGAAGAAAAAAAGAAAGAAGUCUCACUACAGACUGUUUGUUUCUAAAAUGAGCAGAGAUCUAUUUUAGUAGUCAACUGAAGGUUUAGCUGUGCGCUUCAAACUUUGUGAACUCCAGAUGUUGUGCAGUGUUUUUUUUUUUUAAAGAAAGAGUACACUAGAGCAGUAGUGUUAGUUCUGAGUAUUGCAAAGAGAUUGUUAUUAACAAAACUUUUUUGCUGUUUAUCAUGUACGUAAAUGAAGUCCUUUCUAGAUCAUAUGUAAAAAAAAAAAAAAAAAAAAAAAAAAAAAAAGUGAAGCGGCUCUGAAUCUUCAGCAUGUUCCCUCAUUAAAAACCUUGUGUUAUGUAAAUUGUGCCAUGUUAUUAAAAAAUGUGAACUAAAA